AUGAAGGGACUUAAUUUCCUGCACAGUCUCACUGUCUCUGCUGUUCUGCUCUGCACUUCACCAACAGGUGGCUACGUGUUUCAGGGGAUAUACGACUGCGAGUAUGGAGACAACAUCACCGACGUGGUUUUCUUGGUGAAAAACAUAUUCAACAUGAAGCUCAACAACAUGUAUGACUCUCGGGUCGGGAAGUAUGUGGGCUUUGGAUCGUAUGGCAUCAAAAACACAGAACACUACAACACCCAGGCUUGGAAAAUGGCCUUGAGAAGAGCUCAGGUGGAUAUUCUUUGCAGAUACAAUGCGAGACUGUUCAGACAGAGCACGCUGGACAGAAAAGUGCCGCCGGUUGUCAGGGUCCAUCUCGACAAGCCGGCUGACUACGGGGUGCGGACUAUGCUCCGCUGCAGCGUUCUGGGGUUUUAUCCUCAAGAAGUGAGGGUGAGCUGGCUGAGGGACGGGGCGGAGGUCUCCAGCGACGUGUCGUCCACUGACGUCCUGGCCAACGAGGACUGGACCUUCCAGGUUCACUCUUACCUGGAGCUGACGCCCAAGAGAGGGGAGAGGGUGAGCUGCAGGGUGGAGCACAGCAGUCUGCCAGAGAGCCUGGAGCUGGACUGGGACUCGUUUGCUCUGGAUGCUAAAUAUGCGAAGAUGACAGUGGGGAUCGUCUUCUUCUUCGUGGGCUUCAGUGCAGCUGCAGGUGGAGCAGUUUACUUCUGGUGGAGACGGAGGUUUGACUUCAGUCGAGUUGACAGUCAAGGAUCUUCAUCAACGUGAUGAUGAAAUAAAAACUCUAUCAGUCAGAGUUAGAAUUGAUUUUAAGAUUUUACUGAUCCCCUUCACAUCAUUGAUCCAGGUCCAACCAUGUGAAGCGCUAACUCAUUCUCAAACUUCACCUUCUUAUUAUCAGUAACACAAUAAAACGAACCAGCUUCACUUUCUCAGCAGAAAACUCUUAACCAUGUUAAAAACCACUUCGUCCUUCAGUUUUCUGUGUUUGACUCGUACGUCAGGAGAUAAACGGCCCCGUGAGAAGGUGACAUGCUGUUACAUCAUGUGCUUUUAUAAUCAGACAAAAAAAAAAGAAUCCUUCUCUUAAAACUCAACAUUCUGGCUGAUGACAUGUUGUAUAUAUUAAAAAAGCGCACA